AUGCUAUACAACAUCGUGAAAUACCGUCUUGGGGAGCUCUUUGGGAUCGUGGAUGAGAAGAGCUUCUUACGCUCCUUUGAUGAAUUCCACAAAAGUCCAUUGAAGACAGCAGAGAUGCAUCCCCUCUGGUUCAUCAAGUACUUGAUAAUCCUUGCAUAUGGAAAGGCCCUAACAUCUUAUCCGGACCCGGCAGCUGUCGCGCCCUCUGGAUCUGACCUUGCGACUCGCGCUUUAUCGCUUCUUCCGGAUGUGGCAUUCUUGCAAGAUGAGCGCCCGGCCCUUCUUGCAAUAGAGAUUCUCGCCCUGAUUGCACUUUAUUUCCAGUCGCUCGACAUGCGGUCUGCCGCAUACCAAUAUAUCGGUCAAGCACUCCGACUGGCCUUCCAUGAUGGUCUGCACCGACGAGUUCCAGACGAUAUUAUGGAUCCCGAUAUAAGCGCUCGUUGCAGUAAUGUCUGGUGGACGAUAUACGUUCUCGAUCAAGGACUGACAGCAGGCCUGGGUUGUCCUCCGACCAUACCGCUCAACAACAUCGCCAUAUCCCUUCCCAACCCACGAUCGCAAUCAAUGCCUACGCAAGCGCUCGCGCUCCGAAGUCGCCUCUCACAGAUAAACUCCAUGAUAUAUAGCACCAUAUACAGCUUCGAUGAUACCCCGAGCUCUGACUUUGUUUCAAGUAUCACAUCAGUCUUACACAAGCUGGCUGAAGUCUCGCGCGAGAUCGAUGAGACCACAUCUUGUUUCAAAGCCGGAGGAGGGGACCUUCCCCAGAUGUUCUACAACAUCACCUUAUCUCAUCAUCAUUGUAUCAUCCUUGCAACUCGUCCGUUGGUUCUUUGGCUUCUUAUCCGCACUUUAGCUCCCAACGAUUUUGAUUUACGGCUCCUCUCUCGCCCAAUCGCUAAGUUGCUUGAAAAGUCGGUUCAAUCUGCAACGGCGACACUACUCAUCCUCAGAAGCAUGGUAGAUCGUGAUCUCCUUGAGACUUUUCUGCCAUUUCAAUUGGAGUACGCCUUUUCGUCCGCGGUGUUGCUCUAUAUCCUCAGCGCCAUCCUUCCGACAUAUGUCCCGGGGCAUGAAUGGCACCAUUCCAUGUCAUGUGUGUUUGAAGAAAUGACUAGAAAGGGCAAUGCAGUUGCCAGGUUGCGGCGAGAGGAGUUGAAACAUUUGGAAAUGCUGCUGGAAGAUCAUCGGAGACGUAUUUCCAUGGUGUCUCAGCCGAUUUCUACUCUAAAAGACACAUCAGUUUCAGCUAGAAUGUCUCAAUAUUUGUCUGGUCCCGGCAGUGUGGAUGAGAUAAAUGACGAACACGGAGACAAUACCUUCAGAGCAACGUGGAACGGCUCGGAUAGCAUAUUGAGCCAUUUCGACACUGCGCCCGACGACAUUCUGGCACUUGCGGAGCAACUUGAGAAUGAUGAUUUCUCGUUUCCUUUUUGA